GGGAUCUUGAACAAUGUCUUAGGUUUGAUAUACAACCUGGAGUGUGUCCUGAUCAUGCCAGUAUAUAUAUCUGUGUAACAGCGAGCUUAGGCCAGUUUCCAACUGUGCUAAACAGUGGGACGCCUUGAAAUGGAACAUGAACAUAUGUAGCACAGUGAAGGAAGUAAUCCGUGGGCUUCUAUACAUACGUAAGGAAAUGUAACUACUCGGUCGGUAGGUUAGUAGUGUGGAUACUAAACACGGGAUAUAUUGAAUACCUAGAUUGGAACAAUAUCAGCACGCAUUGUGUAGUUUGACAAAUAUUGACGGAUCCCCUGUCGACAGCCCGAGCCUUUGUCGGAGCCUCCAUUGUCACGAGUCAAUGAUGUAAACAAAGAAAACAAAACUAAUUAAACAAGGAAAAAAGAAUUCGCCGGAGCGUUCACACAAUACACAACAACAAAUUCCAGAUAUGUGUUUGAUGUAAUGUUUGUAUUGUGUCAGUGCGUCUUACAGGAAUACACUUAGAACACCGGGUGGUGCGGUACAGGUAUAUACAACUCAUUGUUACCAAAAAACAAGCACGGUUUAUCGGUACGGGAAAUCUGACACUUCAGAGCUGUGGAAUGGUUGGCAAGUAUUGACCCUAAUUAUGAAGAGGAUACUCAAUCUGCCUACAGGGAUUCCUUAGCACCGUCUAUCUACGCAUACAAUGUUUCUAAUCAGGAGGCCGUGGAAUCCUUACGAAGGUUCUCUGUUUCUAUAGAAGGAUUUGGGAAAACAGUAAGUGUCCUUAUUACAAUUAACACUGUAGUAAACGAAAGUGUUGUUUUGUAUUCAUACAUACAGAACACGUGAUAGAUAGUGUUGCAAAUAGUGGCGUUAAGCAAAGGCCGUGUCAUCGAUACUAAUACGUGUCAGGGAUAGAUAUCGCUCCAUGUCACUACAGGGGAUUAUUAACAAAACAGAAACUGUCAGCCAAAUCAAAGCAUCUCUUUCUUCAGUGAAUACCAGAGAAGAAGUGAAUUGUGUUUCGUUAAAGAAUUAACUUCAAUUCCAAUAACAACAAAACGGGCAAUUCUGGUAAGGUGAUUCCUCACAUGAACUUUAAAAAAUCAAAUAUGCAUAUUUCUAAUACGAUGAGUGAGACUAGCAAAGAUUCUGGAUACCAGGAAAAUGGGGACGCAGAGAGGGACCAGGCCAGUGGAGACUUCAUGAAACUGGACAACGCCACAAAUCAUUCGUCUCGGAGAUCCGUUCAUAUAGAUGCACCUUCAAUACAUUUAUCAGCCGAGACGACAAAAACUAACAUAUCUCUUCAGAUGGAUUCGGAUCAGGAGGAACAUCAUGAAAUCGAUGAAAAGUCAAGUGUUUCUAGUGAGGAACUUUCCAAUACUUUUUCGCACCUGCCUAUAAAUCAUAUUGACAAUGACAAUAACAGAAUUCCGUUUAUAGACACUUCACGGCAAACGUCCGUUCCCACGCCGGUCAACUUGAACCUGCGAGACAUAAUAGAACCACUGGAGGAAUGGUCACGUGUGCAGAGUGGCAUUCAAGAACGGAAGUACCCAGUACUGCCUAAAAUCGGGAAAAAGAAAAAUAAGUCCAAGGAGUCCGGACGUGACAAUAAACAGUUUGAAAUGGUGAAUUACAACCAAUUGGAUUACACGAGAGAAAAGAUGGAGAACGAGGCUGACUUCUUUUCGGACUAUAGAAUAAACACUAGCUGUGUUAAGGAGACGCCGCGUCAAAACCCUUUGCCUCCGAUCAGACAAAACUCUUCUAUGGGAGGUUUUCAUACCAAGAGGUGACUGUGAUUAGUUUUGUGUAUCACCGUUCAAUUAGACAGGCUAGAGUUAGUCGUAUAUGUAGGAUAAAUAUAAAAAGGAAAUCAGUCGACACAUGUUUGACAAUACGAGUAAUACAUGUUCAAGGAAUUGAUCAUAUGGCUAUGGGAUUGGAUGCUAAAAGUCAAAACCAAGACGGUAUCCUAUUGACUCAAAUUUUACUAACUUCCCUCAACUAAGGAUAAUUCCUUUAAGUUUUCCGUUGGUCCAUUGCUUCAGAAAAAUCAUCUCUUUACUUGUGGUUAUUUGAUUAUUUUUCCAAUGGUAAAAAAGGUGUUUCGUUUGGUUAAUGUUAGUUGAUUUGUGAAUUGAAAAAUGAAACAUUACAACACGCGUAUUUGACUGUUCCUACUAUAUUGAUCAUCAUAUUUUCUUUCGAAUAAUAUCUAACGUUCGCCGGUGUUUCCAUUUUUGCGAUCCUUCAUCAUGUUACCGGUUCACGUAAUACAUGUACUAGUGAACUAUUCAGCUACAGCAGUUUUUACUGAAUCCAUUCAAUAGUUCUGUGUAAGACAUAGAAAAGUGAAAGCAAAAGAAAACACCCAAAAACACUACUACAAAGUGAUUUCGUUUCCAUAUACUUAGUUUUGAGAAUGUUCUUCCCAGGAGCAUUCAGCGGAGUCUUGGAUCGACGCAAAGUUAUUUUUCUGUUAAAUUUUAGCUAAAGAAAUAUUCAUUACAUGUUUGAAUUUAUGAUUAGCUAAUUACGUGAAGAAUCAAGAAAAAUAUUUUUAAGUUAAAAGUAUUUUCACUAAUUACCUUAAGUUUGAAAUACCUGACUAACGACUAACCUGCUCCUGAUUACAGGACAACUUACCACACUAAAAGUACGUGUGGUGUAUAUCAUUCAAUCCAUGUUAUAUCAUGAUUUGUAUAUAGACUUUAAUCCACAAGUGCAGGUCAGCGUUACCGACUUAACAGCUAUAUGAUUCGACACAAUAUUCGGUCUAUGGGAGGCAGGGAUUACGAUAAAUAUAGUCACGGUGAGGAUUAAGAUUAGUAAUAUUAAUAAUUUCUUUCAUGUCAUGUUAAGUGUUUGUUACAGGUGAGAGGUUAAAUAAACACUCAUUACAAUUA